ACUGUUGCUCUGUUCCAUUUCGUGAGAAAAAAAUCUUUUUGUAGUUUUGUACUUUCAACAGCUUACUUUUCUACUUUCUUGUUCUUGAUUCUCAAGUACACGUGUCAAAAUACCAAAGCAAAAAAUAAACAAGAACUAGACACAAUUAGCGAAAAAAAUGGAAGGUUCAUUUUCUUAGUCAAAAUAUUAUUUUUGUAUUAUUUUGAGUAAAUGAAAUGGUUUUCUUCGAUAUAAAGUGCAAAUGUUGAUCUCAAAAAGAAGUUCCAUCACCAUGUACAAUACGAUAAUAUGUAUACUAUCUUCAAAAUUCUAAUCUUAUCAGUUUGAUGAUUAGAUUAUGAUCAAAAUUGUUUCUGUUCUUUUUACUUAUUAUUAAUCAUUGCCAGUGAUGAUUUAACAGAACACUUAAGCGAAAUGUCUACCCCGAAUUGCAAUGAAGAGGAUGAGACGUAUCCUCUUCAUGAGUGUGUAUUCAUUGGAGAUGUUCGAAAGCUGUCAUCGCUGCUAAGGCUAAACGAUGUGACGCGUAAAGACAAGCAUGGUAACACGGCACUACACCUAGCCGUGAUGCUAGGGCGGAAAGAGUGUGUGCAACUACUACUGGCUCACAGCGCACCAGUCAAAGUGAAGAACCUCGCAGGCUGGUCACCACUGGCCGAAGCCAUCAGCUAUGGCGAUCGGCAAACCAUAUCGUCACUCGUUCGAAAACUCAAACAACAAGCUCGCGAGCAGAUGGAACUCCGAAGACCUGACCUUAUUCGUGCUCUUUCUCAAAUACAAGAUUUCUACAUGGAGCUAAAGUGGGACUUUCAUUCGUGGGUACCCUUAGUCUCGAGAAUUUUACCAUCUGAUCUGUGCAAAAUCUACAAAUCCGGAUCUGGUAUUAGAUUAGACACAACAUUGGUUGAUUUUUCUGACAUGAAAUGGGAAAGAGGAGAUAUAUCAUUUAUUUUUCAAGGUGAGAAACCACCAAGUGAGUCACUUACUGUAUUAGAUAAUAAGGCAAAAGUAUAUCAACGAGUGCGCUAUGAGGAAACUGAAAAUGAGAUUGAAGAUGAAGUUGAUAUUCUAAUGUCAAGUGAUAUUUUGGCAGCUCAAAUGUCCACCAAAGGAAUAUCAUUCUCUAGGGCCCAAUCAGGUUGGAUAUUCCGUGAAGACCGCAAAGAAACAAUCGCAGGUCUGUAUCGAAGUGAUAUCUACACGAUUACAGGUCUUGUUUUAGAGUCACGCAAACGCAGAGAACAUUUAUCGACAGAUGAUCUACAGAAAAAUAAAGCCAUCAUUGAAAGUCUUACAAAGGGUAACACACAGAAUUUAGAUACAAACGGUGAGACUACACGGAGGGCUUCCUUGAAUCCACCGCCUGAAACUGGAGUGGACUGGACUGCAUACAUAUCAUCUCCCCCUGGGCAAUACCCCAGCUUGGGCCGUGAGCUAGUAUACAAAGAAUCUUCGAGAAACUUCAGAGCGACAUUGGCUAUGAGCGAUGACUUUCCAUUGAGUGUCGAUAUGCUAUUAAAUGUUCUGGAAGUGAUAGCACCAUUUAAGCAUUUUGCGAAAUUACGUCAAUUCGUGGCUAUGAAAUUGCCGAAAGGUUUUCCAGUGAAAAUAGAUAUACCAAUUUUACCCACAGUGACAGCAAAAAUUACUUUCCAAAAGUUUGAUUUUCGUGACGAUCUAUCGGAGGACCUCUUCGUUAUUCCUGAGGACUUUGUGGAGGAUCCUCUGAGAUUCCCUGACUUAUGACGCUUUGAUAUUCUAACACUGUUUGAAAUAAGUGAGAGGCAGAUGUGGCGGCGCGAGGCGAGGCGGGGCCGGCGCCGGCCGGGCCGCGGCGCGCGCUGCUACCCCGCGGCUCACGGCAUGCUCACUAUCGAAUUCCCGAUGUUGUUUGGCCUGGGAAGCUCCUACUCCAGCCAUUGUGUCCUAUUAGUUGAGUAGUGAAAUUUUGUGUGACAUUAUGGUGAAGUCUUGUGUUAUACAGAUUGAGUUCUUAGACAGUGUUAGAAUGAUGAUAAUGCAUAGUACCUAAACAAAAUUUACCAGCCUACAAACACUUACCAAUAUAGUUUCAUAGUUUAAUGUUAUUUGUAUGUUAAUAUAAUUUAACUUUAUACAGCGAAUGAUGUAAUAAACAUUCAAUAUUACAAUACACACUUAAUUCCAAUGUGUAAAGACAGUAAAUUAUAUGUUUUUCUAAAAUGUUUUUGUAGAGUAUGGUUAAAUACAUAAUUCACUGUAUUGCGUCCAUAAAGGUGUAAUUAUGCUUUCUUAUUAUUAUUUCUAUUGUUUUUAUUUAUUUAUAAGUAUUAGAAAAUAAUUUAAUAUAUUAUUAAUAUUUAUCAAUUCUUUAUUAACUUUACUAAGUGGCACCCUGGUCCUAGUAUUUGGAGACUAGGGUGACAAAAUUUCACAGUUGGAAAGAAUUCCUUAUGAAAAGGCCUUGCUUUGGCCUAUAAACUUGUUAACCAUGACAUUAAAUCUUUUUUAUUUUUGUAAUAUAAGCUCUGUUUUAUAUUUCAUAAAUGCAACAAAAUAAUGCACAUUGGAUGUUGUUUGGGUAAUCUAAAUGUUUUUGUUCAGUUACUGGUUGUAUUUAAUUGCUCUGGGUUUUCUAAUGUCUGAAGACUUUGUGCUUUUGACCAAUUGUUAGUGACUGAAAAUUUGUAAACAAUAUUGUGCUUUAUUUCUAUCAAUGUAUGUACUAGAACUAAAGGAAAUAGCAUCUGCAUGUAUAACUAUUAGUGGAACAAGUAUAAGGUUUAUAUACCUAUCCAUAAUUUUUCACAAUGUAAUGCAAAGCACUGUAUGUAUGAACUUACUACUACUUGAUAUACCUACAAUCUUCUAUUUUAGCACAUAGUAUAGAGUAGACAGCUUGUGUAGUGAGUACCUGCGCAAACAAAUAGUGAUUUAAAAUUAAUUUUGCACAGAAUUUAUAUGGAUUAGAAAAUCAAAAUUAUUAAGAACAU